CAGGUUAUUGCCACCCACCACUAUGAUGUGCUUGUUGAAAUUAACUGGAGUAUCCCUCAUCCUGUCCAUUCUUCUGUACAUCGCAGACUCUUAUCCAAACAGUGACAUGACAAACAGUAAGUUUUACAUUACUUUGAAUGUACUGUUUUUGUUAAUGGUAUACAUGUUCUGGAAACAAAAUGACCAGUGAGUUGUUCUUGGAGUAGGUUGUCAUUAGAGAGAAUAUAAAUUGGUACAUGACCUCCUUACUCCCAAAGUGUGUGCUUACAAGGAAGAGAGACAACACAUUGGUGUUGCAUGGUGCAUCAAGUUUACAGAUCAGACUGUUCAAUAGAUUUUCUAUUAAUGUAUUGUUUUAUUAUCUUUACAGUGGGCUGUGAGGAAUGCAAACUGAAGGAGAACAAAGUCUUCUCAAACCCGGGUGCCCCUGUCUACCAGUGUACAGGCUGCUGCUUCUCCAGAGCUUAUCCAACCCCACUAAGGUCCAAGAAAACCAUGGUGGUCCCAAAGAACAUCACCUCUGAAGCCACAUGCUGCGUUGCAAAAGAAGGGAAAAGGGUAAGACAAUGAUGAACUAUUUAGGUAAAGGAGUUGGGAUUGAUAUCUUCAGCUACAUAAAGUUUGAUCAUCUGACAUGACGACAUUCCUAGUAUCACAUAACAUCUAAACGUAAUAUUAAAGAACAACUUGAAUUUACCGAAUGUGUUUUUUAAAACCAUCUCACUUUCUCUUGAUUCUCUCUCUCCUCUCAGGUGGUGGUCGACAACAUCAAGCUGACGAACCACACAGAGUGUCACUGCAGCACUUGUUAUCACCAUAAGUCAUAAACUCUCUGUGAGGGCUGGAAAUCUCCUUGUCGCAGAAGUAAAAGCUUGGCAACAGAUACUAUAUAUUUUGCACAACUUAUUCCUGAAAUUCCUUGUGUUUUAAAAGCCCAGUGCAG